CUAAACCAAUAAUACCAAAGAAAUCCAAUGGAGCAUCAUCUUCUUUGUACUUUUUCAUCUUUACUACUACUCUUCUUAUUCUUAUUCAGUUCAAUUCCUGUAACCAGCCAAUUCCCAUUUGGCAGCAACAAACAAGCUCAUAAUUAUUCAAAUGUCUCCUGUGUUGAGAAUGAACGACAAGCACUUCUUCAAUUCAAGCAUGGGUUGAUAGAUGAAUCAAAUCGUCUGUCUUCUUGGAUUGGAGAAGAAUGUUGUUCAUGGGAAGGCAUUAGUUGCCACAAAACCACUGGUAGUGUUUUGAAACUUGAUCUACGCAAUACGGUGCCAUUUGAUGAUUCUGAUGAUGAUUACUUCAAAAAUUGCUUGGGAGGCCAAUUAAGUCCAUCUUUGGUCAAUUUGACCAAUUUGCGAUAUUUGGACCUGAGCUCGAAUAUUUUUUCAGGAAUCCAAGUUCCCGCAUUCUUUGGAUUGUUGAAAAACUUGAGAUACCUCAAUCUCUCAAGUGCAAGAUUUGAUGGUGAAAUUCCCCACCAUUUAGGAAACCUCUCGCAUUUACGGUAUUUGGAUCUUGCGUGGAAUUCAUUGAGCAUUAAGGAUCUCGGGUGGGUUGCUGGGCUCUCUUCUUUAGAAGGCCUAGUCCUGUCCAAGUUGAACCUUACAGCCGCUCAAGAUGGGUUACAGUCAAUUAACAUGCUUCCUUCACUAACAACACUAGACUUGAAUGCUUGUGAGCUCUUCAUCCAUCCUCAUCUUUCACAUGUCAAUUUCACAUCUCUUGCUUUCCUUGAUCUCAGUUUGAAUAAAUUCAACAACUACAGGGCCCCUCCUUGGCUCCGUAAUCUUACUGGCCUCCAUGAUCUUCGUCUUGGUAGUAAUUCUCUUUUUGAUUCAAUUCAUGGUCUGUUUGACCAAAUGACCUGUCUCGUUCAUCUCAAUCUAUCUUCAAACCACUUUUGUAAUGCAAGCAGUCUUACUUAUUUGGAUCUGAGUUGGAAUAAUUUGCAAGGGUCAAUACCAAGUGAAAUAGGCCAACUUAUAAAUCUUACUUAUUUGGAUCUGAGUCACAAUAAUGUGCAAGGGUCAAUACCAAGUGAAAUAGGCCAGCUUUCAAAAUUAACUAACCUAUUAUUGACCCGUAAUAGCUUAAAUGGUACCAUACCGACCAAUCUUGGGCAGCUGACGAAGCUACAAGCAUUUGACGUUAGAAGCAAUUCAUUAACUGGGGUCCUAUCUGAAGACCAUUUUGCGAAACUCCGAGAGCUGAAGUACCUGGACCUGACCGGAAACUCACUCGCUCUGAACGUGAGCUCCUCAUGGGUUCCUCCUUUUCAACUUCAAGAAAUUUGGAUGCAAUCCAUCAUUGUGGGACCCAGGUUUCCAGCUUGGCUUCGGACGCAGAAUGAGCUUGAGGUGUUGGACAUGCGGAACGCGAGCAUUUCAGGUGCCAUACCGAGCUGGUUUCUCUCUAAAAACAAAUCGUUUCCGUUGGGUUUAUAUCUUUCACACAAUUUUCUUGCUGGACAUAUUCCGCAGCUUCAACGUGUGCUGUCGGUUCUCGCACUAAAUGAUAACCGUUUCACAGGUACUAUCCCUGAAGACUUGUGCAAGUCGGAAAAUUUAUCAGAAUUGGAUCUAUCCAACAAUCUUCUGUCCGGAAGAGUUCCUCUGUGUCUAGGAAACUUGCGAGACCUGCAGUACCUAUUCUUGGCAAAUAACAGUCUAUCCGGUCAAAUUCCGAGUUCACUGGGUAACUUGUGGGGACUUUCUUAUCUGCAUUUGAAUGCAAAUAAAUUCGUUGGGAAGCUCCCUGCCUCAAUGCAGCAUCUCAGCAAUUUGCUAAUUUUUGAUGUCGGUGACAAUGGACUGAAGGAUACCAUACCAGCUUGGAUUGGGGAAAAGUUAUCAGAGUUAAUGUUUCUACGAUUUCAGUCAAAUAACUUCCAUGGACCCAUUUCCGAUACACUCUGCCAACUCUCACAUCUUCAAGUGCUGAACUUAGCACAUAAUAACUUGAGUGGAUUUAUUCCUCGCUGCUUUAACAACAUUACUGCCAUGGUAUCAGGUCAAGAUGGAGGUUUGGCCAUUGAAUCACAACAAAGCCUUCAAGACAUUAAGGGAGGAAGAGAAGUUGAGUAUGACGCAUCGAGCCUUGAGCUUGUUAAAUCCUUAAGCCUCUCAGCAAAUAAUUUAGUUGGUGAGAUCCCUGAUGAGAUAAUGGAGCUGGUUCAAUUGCAAGUUUUGAAUCUUUCACAAAAUCAUUUGACUGGAAAGAUCCCUGAUAAGAUUGGCAACUUGAAGCAACUUGAAACACUUGAUCUAUCAAUGAAUGAACUCUUCGGUGCAAUCCCUGAGCUUAUCUGAUUUGUACUCAUUGAACUCUCUCAAUUUGUCACACAAUAAACUUUCAGGGCCAAUACCAUCAGGAAAUCAGCUUCAAACCUUGACCGAUCCAUCCAUCUAUGAAGGAAACAGUGGACUCUGUGGCAAACCGCUCCCAAACAACUGCUGGGAACACAAAUUGCCUGCCAAAAAUGGGCCUAUUGAUGAUGAUGAAGGCCACAGCGAAUCUGAUUGGUCUUGGUUUUAUGCUGGAAUAGGACCGGGUUUUGCUGCCGGGCUGUCAGGAGUUUUGGGAAUCCUUCUCUUCAAGAAGUCAUGGCGCUAUGCAUAUUUCAAGUUUAUAGAAAGUGCCUGUGACAAAAUCUGGGUAAAGACUACUCGCCCGAGGAGGAAUUUCCGUUGAUUGGUAGGCCUGCGACUAUCAGAGUGGUUGCUGCUGUUGUUGUCCAGAGUGCCUCGAGAAGCAAUAGUAGUUUUUUGGUGUUUUCGUGUAUUUAAGCUUCGAGUAUUCAGUGUUUUUCUGUUUUGUUUUGCAUCUCAAGAUGUAAUCUGAGGAUUAGUCCUCUUUCUACAGCUGUGAAUUCUAUGUCAAACCAGUGUUUCAA